GCCCACCUGCCAACUGCGCAAUUCCCAUACCCAAUAAAACAUCAUUUGCCACUCCCCUCCACCACACCCGACCCGACCCCGACCCGACUUCUCCGUCUCCGGCGACGCCAGCGUGAUCCGACGAAACCCGACCCGAUGGCCCGCAAGAAGAUCAGAGAGUACGACUCCAAGAGGCUGCUCAAACAGCACCUGAAACGACUCGCCGGAAUCGACCUCCAGAUCAACUCAGCUCUGGUGACCGAGUCGACGGACUUCUCCGAGUUGUCGAACGAGCAUACAUGGCUGUCGUCUACGCGCCUCGUGGUGAAGCCCGCCAUGCUGUUCGGGAAGCGCGGGAAGAGCGGCCUCGUCGCCCUGAACUUGGACAUGGCUCAGGUUGCCGAGUUCGUCAAGCAGCGACUCGGUAAGGAGGUUGAGAUGGGAGGAUGCAAGGCGCCGAUUACGACGUUUAUAGUGGAGCCGUUCAUGCCCCAUGAUCAAGAAUUUUACCUCUCGAUUGUGUCCGAAAGGCUCGGAUCAACCGUGAGCUUUUCGGAGUGUGGAGGGAUCGAAAUUGAAGAGAAUUGGGACAAGGUUAAGACUAUAUUUCUUCCGACCGAGAAGCCUAUGACGAAUGAUGCUUGUGCUCCACUGAUUGCCACUCUUCCAUUGGAGGUCAGAGGCAAAAUUGGAGAUUUCAUAAAGGGCGUAUUUGCUGUAUUCCAGGAUUUGGAUUUUAGUUUCCUGGAAAUGAACCCGUUUACCUUUGUAGACGGUGAACCUUAUCCACUAGAUAUGAGGGGGGAGCUAGAUGACACUGCUGCCUUCAAGAACUUCAAUAAAUGGGGCAAUGUGGAGUUUCCAUUGCCUUUCGGCAGAGUCUUAAGUCCUACAGAAACAUUUAUUCAUUCUCUGGAUGAAAAGACAAGUGCAUCCUUAAAAUUCACUGUGUUGAACCCAAAAGGACGCAUCUGGACCAUGGUAGCUGGAGGCGGUGCAAGUGUUAUUUAUGCUGAUACUGUUGGAGAUUUGGGUUAUGCUUCAGAACUUGGAAAUUAUGCAGAGUAUAGUGGAGCUCCAAAUGAGGGAGAGGUGUUGCAGUAUGCAAGAGUUGUGAUCGAUUGUGCAACAGCUGAUCCAGAUGGUCGUAAAAGAGCACUCAUAAUUGGAGGUGGCAUAGCUAAUUUCACAGAUGUAGCCGCUACAUUCAAUGGAAUUAUUAGAGCCCUCAGGGAGAAGGAAUCCAAGCUAAAAGUGGCAAGAAUGCAUAUUUUUGUGAGAAGGGGUGGUCCAAACUAUCAAACUGGUUUGGCAAAGAUGCGAGAAUUGGGAGAAGAACUUGGAGUUCCUCUUGAGGUUUUUGGCCCUGAGGCAACAAUGACAGGAAUUUGCAAGCAAGCAAUUGAGUGCAUCAUGGGUGAAGCUUAAGAAUUUCUUAUUUUGCAGACUUUUGAACGAGUUUUCGAGGCUCGAAGUGUGUGUUAUGGUUUGGCCAAAAAGGCAAAAAGUGUGAAUUGUGAGUUUUUUUUUUGUCUUGGCAAGAUGAGACCACAGGACGACUUCAGUUUUCCAGUCUUUUCAACUUUUCUGACUUACUGUGAUAUACGAACCUUGUUUAAGUGUGUUCUUGGUUUUGAAAGUAAAUGGUUGUAUUUCAAGUUUAAACAA